AUAAAACUAUGGUGAUCAAAAAAAGAAAAAGAGAGAAUGUAGUAGUUUGACUUUUUUUUUCUUCAUUUUCACAGUUAUUCAAUGUCUACAUGUAGAUAAGUUUGUUGAAUGUUUGUGAAAGAAAGACAUAAUAAAAUGUAAAUGUCAACAACGUCAACAACAACAACAACAAAAAACACCGUUUCUGAUUGUGGAUGUGCUAAGUAGCUGGAUAGUGUUGAUGUAAAUUUUUUUUUGUUUUUGCUUCAUAUUAUUAUAAAAAAAAUGACAAAAUUGAUCAAAUAUGAUUAUGCUGAAAUGUCCGAAAUUUUACCCGGAUUAUAUCUUAGUUCAUUGGAUUCUGCACUUGAUUCACAAACAUUGACAACAUAUUCAAUUAAAACAAUCGUAUCGAUAUUAUCAAAUCUACCGAAAUUCAAUCGAAUUGAUUCAAUUAAUUAUUAUUUUAUUGAAUUAGAUGAUGAAGAACAACAAGAUCUACUGGUAUAUUUGGAACGAACAUUUCAAAUUAUUGAUCAAUCAUUAAAAAAUAAUCAAAAUGUUCUUGUACAUUGUGCAUUGGGUGUUUCACGUAGUUCAGCUACCGUCAUUGCCUAUCUAAUGAAAAGCCAAAAAUCAUCAUCAUUUAAUGAUGCAUAUCGUCUAGUGAAAUCAAAACGUAUUAUUAUUGGCCCAAAUUUUGGUUUCCGUCGUCAAUUAGCUUUAUAUGAAAAACUUGAAGGUGAUUUAUCAAUGACAAAUGUUUGGAUGAGACGUUAUAUAUUCAAUCGAAUGGUACAUUCAUAUUCUGAUUCAUAUUAUGAUCAUCAACAGCCAAUACAAUGUCAAUCACGUAAAGCAAAAAAUUUUCUAAAUUAUUUAAAAAUGUUUCAAGAAUAUUUUCAACAACAAAACCAAUCAAUGUUGGUUUGUCAACCAAAAUGUAUUUAUUAUAAAUGUAAAUCAUGUCGAUCAAUUUUAUUCAAUCAAAAUGAUCUUAUUGAUAAUGAAAAUGACCAGCAGCAGCAACAACAACAACAACAACAGCAGAAUAACAAUACAACAAAUCGUCAUGUAUUGUCGACUAAUAAUGACGCUGAUGGUACAAUUCAUAUAAUCAUUGUAAAAUGGAUUGCCGAUGAUUUAUUGAAAUAUUUUGAUUCAUUACAAAAAUCUGGUAAAAUUGAUUGUCCAAAAUGUCAAACUAAAUUAGGAAGAUUUGAAUGGAAUCGACCAUAUAAUUAUCGUCGUUUUAUAUAUACAGUACAAUAUGAUGAUUAUCCAUGGAUGAAUGAAGUGAUUGUACCAUUAGUUUUAUCAAUUACACGUUCAAAAAUUGACACUUACAUUGUUCAAUAAUCAUCAACGAAUAACCGCAGCAAUAUCAAAUAUUGGUGAUUCUUUCUUGAUAAAUUCUUAAAAAAUUUUUCUAUUUCUAUUUUGCUCAAACAGUUGAAAAUUGUUCAUC